AUGUCUCGACGCGUUACGCCGGGCCAGGCGGCCCAGAAUCAGCAGACAAUCAAAGCUCUGCUGAAACUCGAGACUAACAAGAUAUGUGCCGACUGUAAACGCAACAAGCAUCCGCGAUGGGCUUCUUGGAAUCUCGGUAUCUUCAUUUGCAUUCGUUGCUCGGGCAUUCACCGUGGUAUGGGUACACACAUCAGUCGGGUCAAGUCCGUGGAUCUUGAUGCCUGGACCGAUGAACAACUCCAGAGUGUGGUGAGAUGGGGCAAUGGUCGAGCGAAUAAGUACUGGGAGGCCAAGUUGGCACCUGGACACGUUCCCUCGGAAGCUAAGAUUGAGAACUUCAUUCGAACCAAGUACGAGACCAAGCGCUGGGUCAUGGACGGAGGAAUGCCAGACCCCUCCACCCUGUCUGAUGGAGACGAUGACGUGCCUCUUGCUGUUGUUCAGGAGAAGGCCAAGAUUGAACGUUCCGCAUCGCAGCGAGUCGCCGCACCCAGCCAACCUCCGGCGCAACGUCAACAAGCCCCGAUUGACCUCUUCGGUGACGAUAUGAUCUCUGCCCCGCCUCGCCCGAGCACGACCGAGCCUACACCUCGUGCGCCUCCCAGACAAGCGCCGCCGCCGCAGCAGAAGACUCACAAGCCCGCUGAUUCAUUGCUCGGUCUGGACUUCUUUGGCAGCACCCAGCCCUCGACCGGCAGUCGCCCCUCGAGCACUGCUUCUACACCCGCCGCUCCCACCGGCAUGUCUCGACCAGACCUGAAACAAUCAAUUCUAUCCUUGUACUCCAAGCCCCAGCCGGCUCCCGUUCAACAUGCGCGCAACAAUUCCUUUGGUGACCUGGCCUCUCCGCCAGCGACAUCUACGACAUCGAACAUGGGUGGUCUUACGGAUGCUUUCAGCGGACUCAGCUUCCCCACUACAACUUCCCCUCCCCCCGCCAAGCCAGCCGAGAAGCCAUCUCCAUUUGCCAAUCUCGCCAAUUUCUCGAAUACCAAGUCGACCCCCGCGGCGCCCAGGGUUACCUCACCUUCGGGAUCCGCUAGUGGUGAUCUAUUUGAUAGCUUGACCUCCCCUACUCUGUCUGCACACAACUCCCAGUCGCGCAAUGCCUCCAUUUCUAGUGGACAGGACUUUGGCUUCGGCGGUUUUGCCUCCCCAACCACCAAGGCCGCAAAGCCCAACCCUCCUUCUUCGUCUCUGUCGAACGACCUGUUCGGCAUGUCUUCACCACCUCCCGCUCCCGCCGCCCCAGCGGCACCUCCUAAGCCCACCGUUUCCUCUCCUCAAAUGGAUAUGAGCUCGGCUUUCAACCUCUCUAGUCCUCCCAUUCAGCCUUCAGCCCCCGCCAAGCCUACAGUGCCCGUUGCAACUGCUGCUGCUGGCGUCAUGUCUGCCAGCAUGGACCCCUGGGGUGGUAAUGCCUGGGGAACCCCGGACCCGGUCCCUGCGCCUGCACCCGUGCCGUCCACUUCCACUUCAUCCAACAUGAUGAAACUCCCCGACACUUUGACCGCCAAUGACAUCGGCAGUGGCUGGGGAGCACCAUCCAAGCCCACUCCCGCCGUCGCUGCAGAUGAGGACUUCGGUGGCUGGACAAGCGCCGCCCCCGUUUCCUCUGGUACUACUUCGACCACGACCUCCAAGCCGGCUGGCGGGUUUGGUGCUGGAUCUGAUGACCUCUUCUCCAAUGUGUGGGAAUAA